CCCAAGUCGCUCAGCACGGGCCCACCGAGGUGCAUGGCCCCUUCCCCUUGUGUCACGAUGAAUCCAGCGCAAGGGUCGCCUUCCCAAGAGCCUCGCCAGAACGAGGAGACGGACACAGACGCAGAAGAACCGCAGAGCGUCAGCGCGGAGAAAGGAUACAAAGUUCACCACAACAUCCUCCCGUUCAGCGUGGAGUCGCUCAUCUCCAAAAAGACCCCCUGUCGGACUUCUUACUCGGCCUCGGAUGAGGCGGUGGUCCUGCCGAGUUCUCCGGUCGGUCAGGACGCGCACUUCUCCACGAGGACUUUUUACGCAGGGAGGAAGGUGUGCGCCGAGACCUCGCCGGGCGUUGCCAGUUCUGGGGAGGAAAGUCCGCAGUUUAGUGAGAAGGAUCAGAGCACUUGGUUCCAGAACUCUUCAUUUACUUCAUCUCCUCACAGGAGCACAAGCCCUUCUCCGUGCGCUCUGAGGAAGCACAAGAACAACAGGAAACCUCGCACUCCCUUCACUACCUCGCAGCUUCUGGCACUGGAGCGCAAGUUCCGUCAAAAGCAGUACCUGUCUAUCGCGGAGAGAGCCGAGUUCUCCAACUCCCUCAACCUGACGGAGACGCAGGUGAAGAUCUGGUUCCAGAACCGCCGGGCCAAAGCCAAGAGACUACAGGAGGCCGAACUGGAGAAGUUCAAACUGGCCUCCAAGCCGGUCCUGUCCGCCUUCGCGCUGCCGUUCCCCCUCGGAGCGCCGAUGGGGUCUCCAACGUGGGGGCCGUCGGUCCCCAGACCCAGCUUGCCGGUUCCUGGACUGUUCGGUGGACCUGUCACCUACGGGAUGUACUACCUGUCCUAGUUGCGGUGUGCGCUCAUACUUCUACCAAAACCACUUUUGUUUUAACAUGACUGACCUCCAGAGCUCAGACCGUUAUUUGUGUGCGCGCUCAUCUGAAGGCAAUAAGGUGAAUUUUGGACCCCCUCAACCCCCUCAUGCCUUAACGUGUUUUAAUCCAAGCAAUAAUCUAACGAAGCAGGGCGAACAGAAAAGUACUUAACAGACGUCAGUGCCUUAGCGUUUCUCCACCUGCUCUUGAUUCCUUCACUAAAGUCCCUGCCUUUUUUUGGAUGUUGCAAAC